GUGUAAACAGAAACACACAGAUUGAGAAAGAAGUGGCAGAGACAUGUAGAAGAGAACAUACGAUGGAGACCAUAGCGCCCCAAAAGCUUCAACCAUUACUCGAGAGACAACUGGUUUGCAAAAAUCUUAAUAUAGAUGGCGAAUGUCUAAGUUUUACGGCAUAUCAAACUUCUGGCGUUGGAUUGUAUGUGUUCAAGGAGAACGUGCAAAGAAGAUCAUUCUUUGAAAUUGAGAUAUUAAGCAUGGGUAAAAGCGGAUCAUUAGCCAUUGGUUUAGUGCCGGACGGUUUUCCUGAUAAUCUUCUACCGGGAUUAGGCCAAAAUUCCUAUGGAUACAAUUCAGACGGCAGGGUGUAUACAGAAAGCGAAUCCGGUAUAAAAUCUGGAGAUGCAUGGAAAGUCGGCGAUAUUAUCAAGUGCAAAAUUGUUCUAUGGCGUCUAAUAUUUACAAACAACCGGAAAGUGAUUCAUGGUAAAUGGAUGAAUGACAAGAAAUAUCACUUUGCUGUAGGCAUGGAGGGUCCAGGAGGAGAAAUUAGGGUGACGAACGUCCCUUAA